CCUGCUGUGCUCCCACGCGCACACACACACACACGCCCCACACACACAAAAUCCGUCGCCAGCAAACUCACGCACAGAGGUUUCAGUCAGUCUGAGUUAUUCAUCCACCGACAUGAGGACUGGAAGAGCUGUUUUUCUGGGACUUCUGCUCAUCUGCGUGGCUGCAGAUGCUGAGAAGAAAUCUGGACUCCUGAGGAAGCCCUCCUGCCCUGAAAUGGAGAUCGUGGCGUGCCCCCUGAACCUCGCUCCGGUGUGCGGCAGCGAUGGAAACACCUACGCCAACGAGUGCACCCUGUGUGUCCAGAGACAAGCAACCAAGAUGGACAUUUUGAUCGCCAAAGAGGAGAGCUGCUGACCUGCCCGGGAGAUGAUGUCACCACUAAGGGGACCAGUCGGGAUCUGAUUAUCGACCCAACAUCAGAUCCCAGCUCGCCUAAAUGUCUGUGUCAUGACGAUGAGUAAUAAACGCCAAUUAGCAGU